UCUCUCAUUACAUGAGACGCCAUGGCUGAUGAACCAACUGAGACCAACCACUUGGCCGCAGAGACUGAGACCCGCCAACGUGCCGGCGGAGAUGACUGGUGCAGCCCGUUGUCUAACCUCAGCUUAAUAGGCGGAGCACUAAUCGCGCUCGCCACCAUCGUCGGCUUCCUCAUCCAGCAAACCUUCCACCUCCCCGGCCCCCGCUGCUACCUCGAAGAGCUCUACGUCCCGGCGCUCGACAUGUCGCUGCCGCCGCCGCCGCCCAACUCCACCGCCAACCCCUUCCUCUUCUUCGUCCUCGGCCUCCACAACAACCUCCAGAUACGCAGCAUCUCCUACGGCAACGUCACCCUCACCUUCUUCUACGGCCGCAAGGCCGUCGCCGGCUACGUCGUCCCGGGCUUCUACCAGGGCCGGAUGCGCACCGCCCGGCGCCGCGACGUCGUCGAGACGGGCGGCGUGCCGUGGGCGGACGCGCUCGCCGAGGUCUCCCGCGGCGCCACCGCCGCCUUCCGGGUGGAGCUGGCGGCGCGGCCGCGGUUCAAGAUCCUGUUCUGGUACUCCAAGGAGAAGGAUGUGAGGAUCGUGGCGGAUGUGGCGGUGGGCGGCGCCGGAUUGAAAGCUGGGAAAGAUGAUAUUAGGCUGAAGAAGAUACAGCAUUCGGCGGCGCCGGAGCAUCGGAUUAGGGUUUUGCUUCUGUUUAUUGUCACUCUCUUGCUCACCUCUUAUUUGCUCUAUUGAUUUUGCAUUUGUGAUGAUUAAUUAGGUAUGAUUAUGGUUUGUGAAAAUAAUAAUUAGAUGAGAUUUUUUUUUGAUAAAU